UUUACUAGAACAUUUUUAAGUCAUGGCCUAUGAUAACCAUAUAAACAAUUCCCGCUUUAGUUGCUUAUAGAAAUCUAAUUUUUAUUCAGAUUUUAGAGGCUUAAGUUUUUAAUAUUGAGAGACAAGGAUGCAAAGGAUAUAAUACUUUUUUUUUUUUUCCUGGAAAUAAGCCCUCUAAUAUUUCAAGAACUUUAGAAGCUUGUAAGUCUAUUAAUGCAAAUGAUUUUAUAAUUAAUUAUAAAACCCUAAGACUAUUGACUAUAUUAGUGAAAAACCUAGCUCUAAUAAUUUUAACACUGGCAGAGUAAUUGGUAGUUCCUUUGAUAAGCAGAGUCUUCUGUGUUCAGCAGCUUGAUAAGGGAGUUUUUUCUUUAAGCAAAAAGCUUAACACAAGUAGCAGUCCAUGGUAUGGUGGACACUGUGGCCCUCCAUCAGUUUGUGAUACUUAAAAAUUAACAUACUUGAUGUUAAUUUUUGUUUGUUCCAGCACAUAUCUAUCCUUAUUAUUAAGGUAAUAGGACAUUUUACUAGUUUAUUGAUCAGAUAGUCUUUCUUGAUUUUAUUUUUUCUUAAGAUUUUCAGGGUAGUGAUUACAGUUGCAUCCUCACUGGACUGAAUUACUUAAGUUUAAAAUACAUUUUGUUAUGUUUGCCAUUUCUAAAUUGACCAUUAGGGCGUAUUCUGUCAAUUAAAGGGAUCUUUAUUUGAAUUCCUGAAAAAGUGCUGAAAUAAUAUUAUGAUUUGAAUUUAGUGUGAUAUGACUUCUGGUGUAAUUUAACUUUUUUCACCUCCUGUGACACAGGUAUGGUCUAACUACGUGCAUGCUGGCUGCUUACUUGAAGUGCAUUCCUUUCAAACAAAUGCCAGAUUUAGCUAUAGAAGAUAUUUUGAAUCUUUGCGAUUCAUUUGGUGAGCAGUAGAAGUAGCUUGGCUUUUUUUUUUACAUUCUCUUUAAUUCAAUAAAAGAGGUCUUUUUUUAAAGAGACGUCCCUGGAAUGUCUAUUUUUCUCUAAUAAGAGCUGAAAUCCAUUAAAAUGGCUCUCCCUCUUUAAAAGACAGAGCUGUUAUCAUUUUUUUACUGUUUUUCUUUAAGACGGAUUUCAGCAAACUGAAUGCUCUUCCAUCAUCAUCCUAAAGUAAAAGUUCUGUAAUUUUUUCACUUUGGGGGAAAGAUGGAAGGAGAGAGAAGGGGAAUUCGAGUAACUUCUGCUUGCAAGGAACUAAGUGGAAAAAAUGCAUGGAGUGCAAUGAGUGGCCAGAUAAACUGGCCUAGCUUCAUUAUUUUCUGGUAAUAUGAACAGUAGUUAUCCUCUGAGAUGCAUAUUCCGGUUCAGAGUUUUUCUUUUGAAUGUUUUUGUUGUUUGUUCAUGAUUCUUUCUCCCAUCUGCCUUCAUGUUUUUCCAUGGAGAUGGGAUGAUACUUUCCUUACAUGCACUUUGUUGCAUCAGCUUUUUUUGAAAUGUGGAUCCAGAUUUUAAACUGAUACAAUGUCAAAUAACAUUAUGAAUUUAUGUAAUAGGAUGUGGUAAUACUACCACUACAGUGUCAGUUUUGUUCUCAGAUAUGUCUUAGCCAUGCUGCACAGUUUUGUUUACUGCAACUGUGUUGUUGUUACUCUAGUAACUCUGAAAACCUUACUAAGCUGCUUAAAUUAAGAUGCAUUUUUAUUGAAAUGUCGUGGUUGGUGGUCAUUAAAGCUAGGAAAAACUACUGAAAAGCAAUGAAAUCAUUCACUUCUUUUUUUUCCUGUGGCUCAUGCAUACAAGUUAUAUUUGUACAGCACAUAGCAGAUCUCUCCCAGCAAUUAGCUGGUGGCUUUUUUUUUUUACCGUAUUUGUCAGAUGUAUCACAUAUCAGGCCAAUGGUUAUUUUUGGAACAGUCUACAUGACUAAGUACUGCAGUUACACUUUGGAAGAUCCAAGGGAAAAACAUUUAAGAGGUCGUUGAACAGGGUAUGUUUGUAAAGCACUGCAAAGUAGAAGUAUAUCUAACAGAGUUAAAGCUUUGUGAAAAUGGAAAUAUGAACAAUGUUGUCACACGAAGAUUUAGUAAAGCUGAUACAAUAGAUACAAUUGAAAAAGAGAUAAGAAAAAUCUUCAAUAUUCCAGGUGAAAAAGAAACCAGAUUGUGGAACAAAUACAUGAGUAAUACUUUUGAACCUUUGAAUAAACCAGACAGUACCAUACAGGAUGCUGGUUUAUACCAGGGACAGGUACUGGUGAUAGAACAGAAGAAUGAAGAUGGAACAUGGCCAAGAGGUCCUUCAACUCCUAAGUCCCCAGGUGCAUCCAAUUUUUCAACUUUACCAAAGAUCUCUUCAUCUCUAUCAAAUAAUUAUAACAACAUGAACAACAGAAAUGUGAAAAAUUCAAACUAUUGUCCCCCAUCGUAUACUGCUUAUAAGAAUUACGAUUAUUCAGAACCAGGAAGACACAAUGAGCAGCCAGGCCUGUGCGGCCUGAGUAACUUGGGGAAUACAUGUUUCAUGAAUUCAGCAAUUCAGUGUCUGAGCAACACACCUCCUCUUACAGAAUACUUCCUCACUGAUAAAUACCAAGAAGAGCUGAAUUUUGACAAUCCUUUAGGAAUGAGAGGUGAAAUAGCAAAAUCUUACGCAGAGCUUAUCAAGCAAAUGUGGUCAGGAAAAUACAGCUACGUUACCCCGAGAGCAUUUAAGACACAAGUGGGACGAUUUGCACCGCAGUUUUCUGGUUAUCAGCAACAAGAUUGUCAAGAGCUACUGGCUUUUCUCUUGGAUGGAUUACACGAGGAUUUGAAUCGAAUUAGGAAAAAGCCUUACAUUCAGUUAAAGGAUGCAGAUGGGAGACCAGACAAGGUGGUUGCUGAAGAAGCCUGGGAGAACCAUUUGAAAAGAAAUGAUUCCAUCAUUGUAGAUAUAUUUCAUGGCCUUUUUAAAUCCACUCUAGUUUGUCCUGAAUGCGCUAAGAUAUCUGUAACCUUUGAUCCCUUUUGUUACUUGACACUUCCAUUGCCCAUGAAAAAAGAACGCACUUUGGAAGUGUAUUUAGUUAGAAUGGAUCCACUUGCAAAGCCUAUGCAGUACAAAGUAGUUGUUCCCAAAAUUGGAAAUAUAUUGGAUCUUUGCACAGCAUUGUCUGCUUUGUCUGGUGUUCCUGCAGAUAAGAUGAUUGUUACUGAUAUAUACAAUCACAGGUUCCACAGGAUAUUUGGCAUGGAUGAAAAUCUAAGUAAUAUUAUGGAACGUGAUGACAUUUAUGUAUUUGAAAUUCCAAUCAAUAGAACAGAAGAUACAGAACAAGUUAUAAUUCCUGUUUGUUUGAGGGAAAAGUGCAGGCACACUAGCUACAGCCAUAGUGGUUCUUCACUGUUUGGUCAACCUUUUCUCAUAGCAGUGCCUAGAAACAAUACUGAAGAUAAAUUGUAUAACCUGCUGCUGCUAAGAAUGUGCCGAUAUGUAAAAACAUGUACUGAAAGUGAAGACACCGAAGGAUCCCUGCAUUGCUGUAAGGACCAUGGUAUCAAUGGAAAUGGCCCAAAUGGAAUACACGAAGAAGGAUCUCCAAGUGAAAUGGAAACAGAUGAACAAGAUGACGAGUCCAGCCAGGAUCAGGAACUUCCUUCAGAGAAUGAAAACAGCCAGUCAGAAGACUCAGUUGGAGGUGACAAUGACUCUGAAAAUGGAUUAUGUACUGAGGAUACUUGCAAAGGUCAACCACUCACGGGACACAAAAAGCGAUUGUUUACAUUCCAGUUCAAUAAUUUAGGCAAUACUGACAUAAACUACAUCAAAGAUGAUACCAGGCAUAUUAGAUUUGAUGAUAGGCAACCUAGGCUUGACGAAAGAUCUUUCCUUGCUUUGGAUUGGGAUCCUGAAUUGAAGAAGAGAUAUUUUGAUGAUAGUGCAGCAGAGGAUUUUGAAAAACAUGAAAGUGUGGAAUAUAAACCUCCCAAAAAGCCUUUUGUGAAAUUAAAAGAUUGCAUUGAGCUGUUCACAACAAAGGAAAAACUAGGUGCUGAAGACCCAUGGUAUUGUCCAAACUGUAAAGAACAUCAGCAAGCUACCAAGAAGUUAGACUUGUGGUCACUGCCCCCUGUACUGGUAGUUCAUCUAAAGCGCUUUUCCUACAGCAGAUAUAUGAGGGACAAGUUGGAUACAUUGGUUGGCUUUCCGAUCAAUGACUUGGACAUGUCAGAGUUCCUUAUUAAUCCCAAUGCAGGGCCUUGCCGCUACAACUUGAUUGCCGUCUCCAACCACUAUGGAGGAAUGGGAGGAGGGCAUUAUACUGCUUUUGCAAAAAAUAAGGAUGAUGGAAAAUGGUACUACUUUGAUGACAGUAGUGUGUCCACUGCAUGUGAGGACCAAAUAGUGUCCAAAGCAGCAUAUGUGCUCUUCUACCAGAGACAGGACACGAUCAGUGGAACUGGCUUUUUCCCUCUUGACCGGGAAACUAAACAAGGUGCUUCAGCUGCCACGGGCAUCCCACUAGAAAGCGAUGAAGACAGCAAUGAAAAUGAUAAUGAUAUAGAAAAUGAAAAUUGUAUGCAUACUAACUAAUGGAAGAACUAGAAGCCAUAAAAGAGACUUUCCUGCUGGGGAUACCUAUUGAGAGAGUGAAAUUGCCCACCAAAUUAAGAAUAAAAAUCUGAGAUGGGGAGUUUCAGAUAACAGAAUGUAAAUCUUUGUUACAUUUUAACAUGUGCAGUACUUGAAGUGAAACAAUAAAAACUUAAACAGAAAUUCUCUCUAAUGCAUUUACAGUCUUGUAUUCACAAGCUAUAUAUAGGAAAUCACAAAUAAACCCCUUUUAAGUUUUCUGCUGCUGUUCUGAUGGAUUAUGUUUUCUUUUGUUUUGGAUGUGAGUUCAUAACUAAAAUGUUAAAUCUUUGGAUUUCUGACAUUGAUUUUCUUAGUACUGCAAGAAUACUACUGCCAAGUCUAGUUUCUGAAUGGCUAUAUACAUGUUCCUUAGGCUGUCACACAGGCUACAAGUAAAAAUGUCAUAAAUACAUAAGCAGUAGUUUUCUUGUUUCAAGAAAUUUUUGUUUCUCCCUAUUUCUUUUUUUCAAUUCGGUCACAAUAGAAGAAAUAGCUUGAAAAGGUGUUUUAACCUUUUGUGAUAUAGUUGAGCAUCCAGAAUAUUAUGUUCAUCUUACUGCUGCUGUGGAACAGGUUCUGGAUUUCAUGCUGCAUUAACAAAAAGUUUUUCAAGUAAAUGUAAGUAUCCUUUGUUGCUUGUUGGAAUCUACUCUGCAGACAUAAUUCCUGUUAUCUUGCUUAUAAGACAUGCAUAAUUUUAAUCUGGUGUCAGUCCAAAAUUUAAAAUUGUGCUGUAAGUUCUCUCCUCCCAGUUUUUGUAGUUUGACAGCUUGCAAACUACUCUGUAAUAGGGUCAGAGUUAAUAGUAUUCUGUAUCCAUAGUAAUGACUGUGUAUCGGGCUUAGAUGAGAAUUUUUUCAGUAUACCCUGCCUUUAAACUGUUAAUGAACAGAAUUACUUUAAAGGUGGGACUGUUAAUUUUCUUUGUGUGUUCCUGAUGGAAUUCACCGUAGCCUUACAGCGUAUCUGAAAAGGUAACUCAUUAUAAGAGAAUUGGCAUUUGCAUGUUUGAGUCAGAACCUGUACAGUAUAUAAGGCAUACAAACUUUGAAUUGGAUUUUAGUUAACUCUGUUCAGGGGUCCAGGAUGCCAAAAUAAGUGUGACAGUUUUUUAAUUUGCUGCUUUCCCUUUAAUCUAGUUGGAAGAAUGUAUUGUUGAUUGGUAUACAAUACUGCCUUGGAGAGGGGCUCUUAAGUGCGGGGGCACAUUUCACAUAUCUACUACCUGGAGAAUUGCUCUGUGUCCCACUGUUUAAACAAAUAAUUUAAAAAAGAAAAAGCAAAAAGUAUGAUGUUCUUCACUUGAACUAAUCAAAUACAAUAGGUUAUAAAUUGUGUAUUGUAAAUAAAAGUUCACUCUGUGAGUGCACAUUUUGGUAAAUUAUUUAUUUAUGUUAGCAUUAAAAAGUUUAAAAAAUUGCAUUUGACCAGGAUAUAAAUGAGGUAUGUUGGACAUGGCUUUGCUUUAUACCUUGAUAUUAAAACUGGUGUUCCAUCCUGGUAUUUUAAAGCUGCUUUGAGGUUUUUUUUCUUUAAAUGUAAACUAACCUCCUGCAUGACAGAGGUUAAAAUUUUGUCUGCACUUGAGUUCACUUGGGUUUACAUUUGAAAUGCGCAUGUUUAUUUAUACAGAUUUCAAUAAAGCUAUUCAAGGCCUUA